UGUCCAAGAAGAAAACGCAGUAAAGAGGGUUUCAGGCCUUUAAUGCGUUUCGGCCAUUGUUGAGUCCUCUAGGAGACAAGAAUAUUUAUUUGUGUAUGGAUGUUUGUGUGUGGGUGUAAAUACAUCUGGAAACAUGAACGCGUUGUUGCAGUGAAGUAGUGAUAGAAAGCGAAGACUGUGCUGGUGUUCAUUAUGCUCGAGGAGGGCAUUAUGAAUUGUACCAUCAGCCAUGAAAUCCAUCAGUACGUCUUCUGCUUUGUGUAUAUCUUCGUACUAUUGGUGGGUGUUCCCUCCAACCUGUACUCUCUGUACCACGCAACUCUGCAGCUAAAGCAAAAGAAUGAGCUUGGGGUUUACUUGAUAAACCUCACUGUGUCUGAUCUACUAUACCUGGCAUCAUUACCACUCUGGCUCCAGUACUUUUUUCAGGAUGACGAUUGGCGACACAGGGAAUGGCUGUGUCAGUUGUGUGGCUUUCUUCUCUAUGAGAACAUGUACAUCAGCAUUGGGUUCUUAUGCUGUAUAAGUCUGGAUCGCUACCUGGCUGUCGUGCACCCUUUGAGGUUCACCUCCCUCCGCUCUUUGAGUGCAGCUUGUCUUUUUAGUGUCAUCAUCUGGCUUAAGGAGAUUGCAGUUGGCGUGGUUUUCUUCCGUCAUAAAGAGCUGAGCAAAAAUCCCAACAACCAAUCAGUGUGCUUUGAGCACUACCCUAUGCAGCCUUGGGAGUAUCCAAUCAACUACUACCGCAUCACCAUUGGUUUCAUGUUCCCGCUGACCAUCCUGCUGAUCAGCUACCUGUGCGUGCUUCGUGCUGUGGGCCAGAGUGCAGGCACACAGCCAGAUCAGAAGACCAGAAUCCGACAGUUAGUCAGCAGUACCAUCCUCAUCUUCCUAGUUUGCUUCUCCCCUUACCAUGUCUUUCUGUUAGUACGCACUGUGCUGGAGAGAGACUGCAACUUCAUUACAGGGAUUUUCAACUUUUACCACCUAGCGCUUUUGCUGACCUCUCUGAACUGUGUGGCGGAUCCUGCUCUCUACUGUUUUGUCAGCGAAAGUGCCCGCCGAGGUCUUUCCCGGGCUAUUUUUCGACCUGUGACAAGACUUCUCUGUUGCUGCCUUGGCAGCUGCAGUGCCAGUCCCACCAACUCUGCCACAGAUUCCCACAAUGUUCUCACUGAUGAGAACAACACCCACAAGCAUGUGAUUAUGCUAGAUCACCUUGGCCAGAACUGCAGAAGUACAAUUCUAAUCACAGUGGAUGAUAAAAAAACAAUCAUACCAUUAACUUAAAAUUUCAAUUAUGGAAAGACUGCUAUGGAGGAGAGCCAGAAGAUAGAAAAGAUAUAGGAUUCUGUGAUGUGAAUGGGCAAAGAACAAGCAGGAGGGUGUCGGCCUCAGGACGUCAUACCUCUGCAGCGUGGGAGUGACCAUUGCUAAUGCUGCUGCAUUUACAUUCUUUUUUUUGGGGGGGGUGGCAUUGAAGUCUCAGAAACUCCUUACCCCUCAACCAAUUUAACAGAGCUCCAGAUACGGUGCGUACUAUAUUUUGUACGUUAAAAGACUCAUACAGCUUUAUCAACGCUGCGCACACCAUAAGGACUUUCUGUUUGUACUUCCUUGUUGCCAAUAUUGUUUUAAGUUUUAUAGAAAGUGACACAAUCAUGGAAAUUGAAAUAAUCAGCUCCAGCGGCAGACUGUUAUCAUGAUAAAACCUUUUUUAAUUAUACAGGGUCGUGGUGUGCCAGUAGGAGGGUUAGCCAUUGGACGAAAUAAAGUGUCCCAACCAGCCUUGCCAAGGCGGCCAACGCUAAUUUUAGCAUCAUAAGAGAUCACAGCCAUCUACACUAUACUACUUAGUACCUCUUUCUUUUCAGGCAAGGGCCAUCUUCAAGAUAUCAUUAUUGACUAUGACUUAAAUACUUCCCCCAACUAAAUGAAGCCACUACCCCUUGGUUUCUAUUGGGCUGUCAACCCCCAUGCCACGGGCUCAAGGCAAAGUCACGGUAUAAUGUAGAGUGAAAAGUCUCACCUGUGUAACGGUCAUGCCAUCAACAAGAUGUCCCCACCAACCCCAAACCUCUGAUAGUUCUGCAUUCUUCCCUUCUGCCCCGCUGAGCCAGACGGCCUGGUUUAUGUUACCCGCACCCUAAACUAAUUAACAGCUCCCCGAGACACCUGGGAUUCCAGUCAUCAAAGACCCCCCUGUGUGAGCAGAACCAAGAUACCGACCAAAGGUUUGGGGAAAAAAACGCUGUUCGAAGCGUUCCAAAAUAAAGUUCAAAGAACCAUUUGUUCCUUUGAAAUGCAGGCAAGGACCUCUGGGACAAUUGAUGGAACACAAGCGACACCCGCUGGCGGUGGAGAGUUACUGCCAGCUGUUUUAUAUUUUACGAACUUUGCACGAAUGUAUAAAUCCUGACACCAAUGUCACUAAUGAUUGUUUGCCACAGGUCUGAUGUCAAAUCUGUUUGUCUACUGAAUCAGAUGAGCUAUUUCACCUCACACAACACAAAUGUUACAUCACAAAUAUUAACAGGCUUUGCUACCACAUAAAAAUUGAAACACUCAUUGCAUAGACUAACCAGGGUGUGUGCGUGGCAAUGCAAAGCUGGCAAGCGAUUUCUUCACCUUACAUCAAAUAAUUAAUAUUUUAUUUCCACUGGUUUAAAACCACAAAUAAUCCUAAAAUAAAAAUGUAUACGAAGAGGCGUGGUCUGCCAUCUGUUCGGUCUCUGAGCCACACGCUCUCUCUCCGAUGCAUAAAAGGCCGAAGCCCCUUUGUUCUGGGCUUGUUUUUUUUCAGGUUUCUCAUUUUUCCAACCCCUCAUUGUGCAACCUGCCGAAAAACAGGCGCACAGCCAGGGAGCUCCGUUUUUGCCUCCCUUUUUUUUAAUUCCUUCCUUUUUUGGUCAAAUACACCUGUUAGGCGACCCGGCCCAGCCACCUGGAAGACUGACCAGCCUUGUCUAAAUUCUGUUCUAUGCAACGUAAGUGCAGCGUGCUGUUCCUAGGUAAAAACUGGUGCAUAAGUGAAUUAUCAUAAUGGUCAUAGAGAUUCCCAGCCUCACAUUGCGACCCGCAAAUCCUCACUUCACACCUACAUCACACGUUUGACCGACUUUACAAAUGUUUAUCUGUGCCCUUUGUAGUCAAGCCCUCUGCAUUGA